AUGGCGGAGGAAAAAGGAACAGGAGUAGACAUACUGUGCAAGAAAUUCCCGAGCAUUUUGGAUGCAAUGCCUCCACAGGUCAAGUCUAAAUUGGAGGAAGUGGUUGGGCUGUCAUCACUGACCCCACGAGCAUUCAGCCAUCACGUAGUCCACACGGUGGAGAAAUAUCGGAGAGACAAACGAAAGCUGGCUGAGCAGCAAGAAGUGGUGCAGCGAAAGCUAUUGCAAAUGCAGCUCGAAGAACUGAAAAAGGACAAAGAAAAAAGCAAAAAGAUGCUGCCAGCCAUCACUAGUGAAAAACAGAAAGUGCCGGAGACGGUCCAAAAGGAAGGACCAAUCCAACCGGGAGAUCAGGUCUACGUGCGAGCGUUUCAAAGGAAGUGGAACGAACCAAGAAGGGAAGGGCCUUUCACGGUAAUCAAGGCAUCACCCACGGCGGUUCAAGUGGAAGGGCACUCCACUUGGUAUCAUCUCAACCACUGCACCAAGGCAGUUCCGCAGGUACAGUCAGAGGCGGAACCCGAGGUAAGUGGUGAGGAGGAGCAGACUGCAGAGACUAGCCAGGAGGAACAAGAAGCCGACACUGCAGCACAGGAAUUUGACCAGGUGGUAAGGGAGGUCUUUGGUAAUUCUGAUGACUCUGGGGAUGAAGUUUGGGAUAGUAGUAUUCCUCCAGAUAAUGGGGAUGGUUUGGGUGCAAUCAGUUUUGCCCCACAGAAAAACACACCUGCCUACUAUAGCGCAGAUUUGGAAACCAUCAACAUGGAGGAUAUGGCAUGGGAAUGAUGUAACCCUGGGAAACUCGGGAGCACGCAGUAAGAGAAGUAGCACACACACCGUUUUGUCACGACAAGAGAACACAUGGUACCAAUGGGCAAUGUAUACAGCAAGCACGAUGGAAAGACAGAAUUGCUACCUGUGCUCAAAGGCAAACCCUGCGCAGCAUGUAGUCCCCAGGCCUUAUAAUUCUUCCACUUGUGCGCAGUGGCGUCGGGAACACGGAGCGAUGUGAGCAACGAUGUCCUGGUCCAGUCAGUGCUAGGGCUUGUUACAUGAGGAUUUGUGUUAACCCUGAUCCCUGUUAUAGAAACUGUCUGAACAAUGCACCCAUGUGCCCAUAUUGGUGUAUGCUAUAUCAGGCGUCCUCGCAUUUUGACCAAAACAAGCUUGCCUAUCACUGUAAUUAUAGUAGACCCUGGGCUAUAAAUAAAAGGAGCCAAACACCUAUGCAGGAACAAUUUAUGAUGCAGGGUCAUCUGAAUUAUGAAUGCUUCAUGCAGGUGGGCACUCGCCCGGUUGGCCAUUUCCAAGGCAACUGCACUCAGAUGUGGGAUGUCACCCCAGGUAAAAAACACAUAAUGGGUACCCCUCCUCCUGAGGGAGCAUUGGACUCUCAGACUAUCCCAAUAGCAGACACUUGGUGGCUGUGUGGACAGAAAGGAGGUCUGAGAUCUACGCUCCCCCUCAAUUGGCCAGGAACAUGUACGCGUGUCAUGCUGCUUCAGGAUGUUAUAAUGUCCCCUGAAGUACAGUCCAGCACUAACUUCCCUGAGCAGCGGACACUGCAACGGCGGAAGAGAAAAUAUGAACCUAACCCGACAAUCCAGAUUGACAGUAUAGGACAGCUGAGAGGUAUACCUAACGAAUUCAAGGCGCGGAAUGAGAUUGCUGCAGGCUGGGAAGCUCUCGUACCUGUGAUAGGGGUAAGCAAAAAUGUUGAAUGGAUAAAUUAUAUAUACUACAAUCAACAGAGGUUCAUCAACUACACUGAUGAUGCACUGAAGGCCUUAGGGCAAUAGCUGGAUGCAACUAGCAGGAUGG